CGCCUGCCUUUGGUGGCCAGGCCUCGCUCCAGCUGCAGUAGGGGAGAGAAGGGAAAGAUAUCCCGGGUCUGCUCUCCCAGCACACACUGCUGCUCCCCUGCAUUAGUUAGCUCCACCGCCCAUGUCCGAGAUGCCCGACCCAGACCCAGAGGAGCAAGUUGCUGAAGACGCCCCCGCUCCCGAGACACCCAACUGGAAGGGCUUGGAGGAGGCAGCCUGGGAGCCUCGUAGUUAUGAGAUCCGGGAGUAUGAACCAGCUAAGUGGGUUAGUACCUCAGUUGAGUCAAUGGACUGGGAUGCAGCUGUCCAAGCUGGCUUCACGAAACUUCGUAAUUACAUUCAAGGCAAGAAUGAGAAAGAGGUAAAGAUCAAGAUGACUACCCCAGUAACAAGCUAUGUGGAACCAGGUUCAGGGCCAUUUUGCCAGUCUACAAUUACCAUUUCCUUAUACAUCCCUGCUGAACAGCAAUCUGAUCCACCGAAGCCUUCAGAGUCAGAUGUCUUUAUUGAAGACAGAGCUGCAAUGACAGUGUUUGUGCGGUCUUUUGAUGGAUUUUCUAGUGCCCAAAAGAACCAGGAACAACUCUUGACAUUAGCAAGCAUUUUGAGAGAAGAUGGAAAAGUUUUUGAUGAAAAGGUUUACUACACUGCAGGCUACAACAGUCCUUCUCAAUUGCUUAAUAGACACAAUGAGGUGUGGUUGAUCAAGAAAAAUGAACCUCCCAAAGAAAAUGAAUAAAAAAAAAAGAUCUGUUAAGGGCAAAAGUUCUGCUUAAUGUAGACCUCAAUACUACUGUUAAGCAAAUUGAUAAUCUAGUCUCUUUUGUAUAAGAACACUAUCAACUGAGCUUUCUUAUGUGCCUUUUCCAAUGCCUGAAGCUUCACUUUGCUUCAAGAAUACGCUGCCAGUUCACAAUUCCUGCUAAAAACAACAAACAUUUAAUUUGAUUAAUGGUAGUAGUCUUUCUUCUUUUUCACCAGAGGGUCAGAGGAAAUAACCAUGGAUGUAUCUUUCUUCCUUUCUGAUUUUAGUAUUUUUUUCCCUAUCCUCUCUUCCACCAGUGAAAUUCUUAAAUAUUUUACUAUCUGUGGAUAGUGCCAAGCUAUCAGCCCUGGAGGUCCUAAGUUCCCAAUUGAUAGCAGUUUUUCAAGACCCUAAAUUUCCCUAACUUCCCAUCUUUAUGGACAGCAAAAGGUCUCUUUUCCAUUGUUAGCUAAUUUCCACCCACCCCCUGAAAGUACUAUUAGUUCAUAAAAGUUGCAACCAAGAGUAGUGUCUAAGAAGUGUCUAAGUUAGUGAUUUCUAAUCCUGCUUUUUUGACUCAGGGUAUUCUAUUUCAAAGGAUGCCUCAUUUUUUUUAAAUUUAAGAAUAAAUCUUAAUUCAAUUUAAAAAAACUCAUGAAUUACUUUUAGGAGGGAAUAGUAAGGAAUUCAAACAAAUGCUGCAACACACAUCCUCCCCACCCCUGCUAAGAAAUUUUACCAUUUUUUAGCUUACUGUUGUAAACUUCAAUGUCCUCUCUUAUCAUCUGACAAAAUGAAGUGAUAUGUGUUUCCUUAAUGUUUAAUGGACUUUGAAAUGUGUGCAUUUUUGUUCCAUUUAACUAUAUCCUUAUAGUUUUUUUGAUCACAUAACUGCCCUUUGUUAAUAAAAUGAUAAUUUCCAGUAUGA